AUGUGUUAUGUCUCCCUGGGUUAUUGGUACUUGUGCUUCUGGUGCGGAAAGCCCGACUUCAGACCUCUCAAUACGCUCUACGACGCCAAGGAGGAAGGGAGGAAGUUGGGUCGAAAAAUCUGUCCCUGCAAAGGCGAAGAAUGUGAUCAGGGUUUCACUCACCGCGUCGACUGCAUGGAACGCGUAACCGAAGAGGUUCGGCGUGGCCAAGAAGAGCCUAUACUCUUACCGGGAAUCUGCUGGUAUGGAGUCCACGACGAAUGUGAUCCGGCCGAUCAGCUGUGGGAGUUCUACAGCACGAUCACUUAUCCCAUCUCAACAUCUCGCAGGGGACGUGAGCCACAACAAACACUUGACCAGAACAGUUUCCGUGACAAGGUACACAAGGCUUUGCGACUUCCCAAUAUAGGGCAAUUGACACAUGACUUGGCGCCGGGUGUGUACAAAUCCAACUGGAGAUAUGCAUCGAUCUCUCUUCCCGACGACUAUGCAGAACCACAACUGCCUAUGCCAAUCGACCGACUGUACGGCCAGCCGGAAGAUCAAGACCCCGAAACGCUGCGGCUUCAGCGCGCCGUUCUAGACCCCGACCAAUGGGAAAAGCCUUUCAAAGCAGUAUCAACUCUGCUCUCAAUACUCCACGAGCAGGUGCUGCGACGGUUCAGGGGCAGAAGCGAGCGUAUGGAUCUGCUGUACGAUGUCGAGAGUCGGGUCGCUGCCGCUCUAAACACUGCAGUGGAUCCAGCAGACACACCGCAAGCCAACUUAUUAGCGAUGUUUGGCGUGCCGAACCUGCCCCAGAUUGAGGCAUAUAAUGAAGGAGAAGCUGCACCCCAGGGCUUGUUGCGACAAUAUACUCAUGAGGGCGUCGAUAUUGGUCCUAGCGGAAGUCAGAGUCAGGGAUCAACCUCCAGGCAGCCGCCUGCCUUGCCGCAUAGACUACGGCCAGAUGAGGACAUCCCUGACUUGCAAUUCGUCGACGACUACGAUGGCAACAGAGGAUACCUGGUUCGGCGUGGACGCAGAGCACGCGGUGACCUUCCACCAAGACGUCGAUAG